AUGACAAGCUCCUGGAACGAAACCACGCUCCCAACCAUUCUGUCGAAUUACAAAUUGGAGGACACUUUCAACGCAGACGAAUUUGGUUUGUUUUACCAAUGUCUUCCCGAGAAAACAUACCACUUCAAAGGAGAAAAGUGUUCUGGGGGGAAGAAGAGCAAGUUGAGAUUCACUGGAAUGGCCGCAGCAAGUGCUACUGGAGAAAAGUUGCCAAUGUUCGUCAUUGGCAAAUCAAAAAAACCUCGCUGCUUUAAUAACAUCAAACAUCUCCCUUGCCAAUACACAUCACAAAAGAAAAGUUGGAUGGAUAGUGAAAUAUUUGAAAACUGGGUCCGGAAACUGGACCAAAAGUUUCGUGUAGACGGGAGAAAAAUCGUUCUUAUAAUCGACAACUGUCCAGCACACCCAUCGAUCUCGAACUUAACAAACAUCCAUCUCGUUUUUUUGCCCCCUAACACAACGUCUGUGUUGCAACCGAUGGACCAAGGUGUCAUACGAAGUCUAAAAGCGCAUUACCGAAGGAGAGUUAAAUCUGGAAUCUCUUCUACAGGACAACAGGAUGCUAUUGCUGAUUCGGAUGACCCAUUUAAAGAUCUUCAAGAAAGUUUGGAUGAUUUAAGAGAGGCUGAUCCAUCAUUGGUACCAAAUGAUCUCAGUGCUAAUGAUCUUGUGACCUUGGAUGAUGAGGUUAUCGCAACCGCCCCUCAAAUCUCUAAUGAGGAUAUCAUUGAUGAAUUUCGGAAAUCUCAGGACGACGAAGCUGAAGACGAUGGCAGUGACAUGGAGGAUGAUUCAUUUGAUAUAGUUGUCGAAAAACCAUCAAGAUCAAAAGUCGAGUGUAGUAUUGAUCUUUUGAAAGAUCUAGCAAUGUGUUGCGAAAAAGAAACGGCACCCGCCUCCCUCACCUGUUUUCGCUACUGCCCUGUAUAUCUUUGGGAACUGACUGACUAG